UGCAAUUAGAAUGUUUGCACAGAAGACCAGAGAAGACUGUGGUUUCUAUGACAAUAGAGACACAAGCUGUUUGGUAGCAAGUUGAUAAGGAAAGAGCUGGCUGAGGGAAAGUGUUUGAGACCAUGUUUGGUAGGCAAUCCGUAAAGACAUCAGAUUUUAUGGAAAUGUCUUGUGUUGCCAACUAUAGCUAUAUCUGCUAGUCGGAUGUGAGGGUGUGUGAGGAGGAGUAUAUAAGAGUAAGCUCACCAGCUCACUUCAUCAGUAUCGAGGAUAUCGGUCAUCAUCAUGUUUUCAUCUUUUGUGACAGUUCUUGUGCUCAUUCAAGUCAUUGCUACUUCUGCUGGUCAAAGUGUGUCAGAUGAGAGAAAUCAGCAGACAUGUGUGUCUGCUGGUGUACCUGGAGUACCUGGAUCACCUGGAGUUAAUGGAUCACCUGGACGAGAUGGAAUGAAAGGAGAAAAGGGAAUGAACGGAGAGAAAGGAUUAGUUGGAGAUGCUGGUGCACAAGGAAUAAAAGGAGAAGAAGGAAUAAAGGGAGAAAGAGGAUUAGUUGGACUACCAGGAGAUGUCGGUGGUAAAGGUAAUGCUGGGAAGAUAGGUCCACAAGGUUCACAAGGUCCACAAGGUCCACGAGGGAUAAAAGGAGAAACAGGAAGGAAAGAAGAGAAAGGAGAAGCUAUGACACUCAACUGGAAACAGUGUGUGUGGAAUAGAGAGGAUGGGAAGGACAGCGGUCUGAUUCAGAACUGUAAUUUUAGGAAACAUGACAGCAAUUCAGCUCUACAUGUUGCAUAUGCAGGAACUCUCAGGGUUCAAUGCUCCAGUGGUUAUUGCUGUUCUCGAUGGUAUUUUACAUUCAACGGUAACGAGUGCAGUGGACCUAUGACUAUUGAGGGAGUUGUGUAUAGUAUACUAAAUGAUAAUCCUCACCGUCACAGACAGAUUGAGGGAUACUGUGAGAACAUUCCAGCAGGUCAAGUCACAAUUGGAUUCAACAUUGGAAACUGUAACAAAUGGAGAUCAACAACGUAUGAUGGCUAUACAGGAUUUCAUUCACCAUCUCGCAUUAUGAUUGCAGAAGUUCCUCCAUCACAAAAGUGACUGAAUUAGAGAGAAAUUAGAACUUGUGUUCAGUAUAGUUUGCAGUACGUACAGUACGAGGUAGCUAGUGUAGAAGGAUGGAUGGUGUGUGUGCAUGUCUCUCUUUACCGUAUGUGAGUGUUUGUAUGAUUAAUUCAACAUGUAGCUGC